AUGAUCUUCAAUCAAAGAGACAAUCUGGUAAACCUGCAAAGAGAGCUGGAAGUGGCUAAAAUAACAGCUGUCAACGUAGAAAAGCAGAAGAAAGAGAGGGAGCAACAACUCCUUCCCUCCGUGAUGUGCGGACACCUGGGACCCAACUAUGAUCGCCAGGCAGCCUUCAGGUUUCUACAGGAGUCGGCCAGCACCCUGCUGUCAGACUCCUGGAACCAUUUUCUCCGUCACCUGAGGAACGGUGGAGACGUGUCAACCAAGGCCCAACCAGAGCCCCCCAUCAACUUGUCAGGGGUUACGUUGUCUCCGGCCACGGAAAGCCUGCUCGCCCAUGGACCUAAAUUUGCCCCGCCCGUGAACAGCUCCAGAGUCGACGAACUGGCGUCGGUGUACGAGAUCGCCGCCAAGAUCCCGGAGGAUAGCCGUCAAGACUUCGUCGGUGCUGGAACAAGGGCUGUGUGCUUCCACGGGGGGAGCAGGAGAGCCAAAAACGCCUCUACGCCAGUCAUCAAAGAACUUCAGGCCGGUGAGCUGCGUUUACUUCAAGCUGACAAAACGGGUCAGUUCGUCAUCCUGAACAAACAACAAAUGCAAGAGAAAUCCGACGAGGCCCUAAAGAAGAACUUUAUCGGCCUCAAAACGCGGCCAUCCGGAUCCCUCAGGUCCAGGGUGAAGGCAAUGUGCGAUUCAUCUAACCUCCUUUCUUUAAAAAGUGCCGUUCUUGCCCCAGCGAAGCAAUACCUCUCUAUUUUCUUUUCCGCUAAAACCCACAAACCAGGCGUGCCGUUCCGCAGCAUUGUAUCCGAGACGGGGUGUUGGCAGAGGCCUUUGGCGAAGUUUCUGCAGAAACAUCUCGGCACGUUAGAGCUCCCCCAACCUUUCAGACUAAGGAAUUCGGAAGAUCUCCUUCCCGUGCUGGACGAGUUACACGCCGGCACUGAAGCUGUAAGAGCGUUCUCGCUCGAUGUUGUAGAUCUCCACUAUAGCCUAGACGUGAAGACCCUCCUGGGCUUCAUUUCUGACGCCAUCCACGAGACAGGUGUCAUAGACUUUCAAAAUUCAUGUGGCGUCUCGCUGUCCUCAUUUCUCGAAUUGACACAACUGUAUCUCCAAUCAACGCUUGUUGAAUAUGAGGGUAAAGUGUACAUACAAAGGGCCGGCGUUUGUAUCGGGUCUUGCUUGGCUCCCGUCCUCAGCGAAAUUUACCUGUUUUAUGUUGACGCCAAAGUUCAGGCGGACCUUCAACGAGAUUUUCCCGAUGCGAAGGUUUUUCGUUAUGUUGACGAUUAUCUCAUCCCACACUCCACCAUCUCCGACUCUGCAGCCAUAGAGACCGUGUUCCAGAAGAACUCACAUGGGCUUACGUUCACCAAAGAGGCCCCCUCCCCUGAGGGCUUACAGUUCCUGGAUCUCAGGUUGGUCCCAACUAGCAAAGGUAUCUGCUGGGCUCACCAGCAGAGGUCCUCUAAGCCCGUUCUUCCUUUCAACAGCUCACACUCAAGGAAUGUAAAAAAUGGGAUCGUUCGAAAUCUAGUUGCUUCGGCAAAGGUUAAAUCCUGUCAGCACCUUUCCGCCCCCAGCCUAUCCAAGCAGAUUAGUCGCCUCAUAAAGGCAGGAUACCCGAGAGACCUGAUUGAAACAACAAUCAAAAGACUUGUCGCGGGGCAGAAGUCCAAACCCCUCCCUCCUAAGUCACGCUUCGCGUGCAUCCCCUACAUACACAACACCUCACAUCGCCUGAAAUCUAUUGCGCUCGGCUUCAACACCAACGUUGUAUUUUCCUGCAAGUUCAAAUUAGCUUCUAUUUGUAGAAAGGUCAACAACCCCGGUCCAGCGCCCCCGUGCCAGAAAAAGCACCAGACCAAUUAUGUAACCUGCUGCAAAGAGUGCGUGUAUUCGAUUCCCAUGUCCUGCGGUGCUAAAUACAUCGGACAGACGGGCCGAUGCCUAAACGAUCGGGUGAGGGAACAUGCAAACGAGAUCAAGAAAGCCGCCUCCGACACUUCGGAGAUUUGUUACCACCCGAUUGCCAAACACACCUCUGAGUGCAGCGAACCCUGUUCGGCCGACCUUCCCUCGACCACCAGGAUUGGAGGUCACGCCUCAAGAUACGGACGAGAGAUCAUGGAGGCCUUCGCCAUGCACUACAGUCACAGCAACUUCGGAUCCCCGUCCAUAGGCUUAUCCAGGAGGGAGAUA